AUGAACACGCAGAAGUGCGAUGGAACAUCAACUGAAAAUGCUGAUUUGAAUAAUGUGCUUAGGGCUCCUAAGAAUCUUUUGAGGAGCAAAGCAACGCAAGUGGACACCGAUGGAUGUGCCUGCGCGAAAGAAGGGACUGUUCAAAGGGCUAGAGAUACCGGCCAUGUACUGGCACAGUGUAAUGGUGAAAGUAUUAAUCCGGACUUGGAAAUUUUGGAGACUCAUCUAGGCAAAAUAGGCUCAAGCCCAGAUACAGAAAAACUUGAGUCACUUUAUCAUUGCUUAAAAUGGUUAAUCGACAAUGGAACGGCUAUAGUUGCAACUCACGUCGAGAGGAUAAUGGAGGUGGCAGCAAUAUCGUGCGAUAGGGAUCGACUCCUGGCACUGAAAAUACUAUUCCUCAACUUGCUGGCGUACAGGGGAAAUCUUAUGCCAAACCUCGUAGCGAGAAUUACAAGCAUCAUAGAUGUCUUAAGACGGUCUCGAAAUUCGGAGCAUCUGUUAGAAGGUAUAAACAUCUAUUAUGCGAUCCAAGUGCAUCAUCCAUAUAUCUUCGAUCAGCUAACACCACAACACCGUGCGUAUAUGGAAUACCUAAAAGAAAUGGCGCAUUAUAUCAGGAUGCAUGUUCCACAUGAAAACGAAACUGUGCAAAUAAGAGAUAUUAGGCUUGCCUUGGACGCACUUGAAGUCAGGCAUUAUGCAGCAAUAACCGGUAUGUUGAACGUUCAUAACGAACACACCUGGGAAUGA